UGAAAUCCUACCACGGACAUCGCACAGCCCCAUGUUUCGUCCCUUGACUAGCACAUAGAAAUACUGGACAUGGCUAGCCCUAUAAUAUGUAUCCAUGCCCAGUUGUUCCUGCAUUGUCUGCAUUAUGCUGCUUCGAUGUUGGCAUCGAAGUACCCUUCCAGGACCAUUACCUGCGCUAGUCCUCAGAUGCAAGCAGCAAGGCAAGUAUGAGAGGUAGGUACAUGUUAAAGGAGAACCCUCGGCAUCCUGUAGAAGGAUACAUCCGCUUUGAUUGGUCGGGUUAGAUGUGCUCAUAUGUUCUGCGACUGUAAAACCCGAUCAUCCGAUACAUUAACCGUCAAAACCGGGAUUUUUCUACCAACUAGCCGCUUUGAUUUAUCACCCGCAGACAAUUCUAGAUGCUUAUUUCGAGGAUAGGAUCACUUUUCCCCAAACCAGGUGGUGUAAAUUUCGCCCAUAUUAACUUUUAUUCGACUUCAGAAAGCAAUUGCAGGUCGAUGACAACGUUGGGCAUAAAUAAGAGAGAUACACAAUGCCAUUCUCAUAAUCGGCGUCUUUCUCGACUUGAAUAGAAUAAAAUGAUCGGUUUCACUCUUCUCGCCACGCUUAUCGCUGCGGUAGCGGCUCGUAGCCUACCGGUUAGGCAUGGAUCGCACUCAAUUGCUGCUCGGUCUGCACUUCCUUCCUCAUUUACUUGGACCUCGACUCAGGCACUUGUUGGCCCCAAAGACGACAAUCGCCCCAUCGACGGCAUCAAAGACCCUUCGAUCAUUGAAAUCAAUGGCACCUAUCAUGUUUUCGCCUCCACUGCAUCGGAUGCCGAAGGCUACAACAUGCUCUACUUCAAUUUUACCGACUUCGAAAAAGCCGGUGACGCGCCGUUUUUCUACCUCGAUCAAGCUCCUCUAGGAACCGGAUACCGCGCUGCCCCCGAGGUAUUCUACUUCGAGCCUCAAAGUCUGUGGUAUUUGGUCUAUCAGGAUGGCAACGCAGCAUACAGUACCAACCCGGAUAUUAGUAACCCAGCAGGAUGGACAGCGCCUGAGCAUUUCUACAGUGGUACGCCUGCUCUGAUCGAAGCCGGGCUGGAGGGAGGCUACUGGGUAGACAUGUGGGUCGUUUGCGACGCGACAGACUGCCAUCUCUUUUCCUCGGACGACAAUGGUCGACUGUACCGUUCCCAAACGCCAAUCGGAGAUUUUCCUAAAGGCAUGAACGAGCCUGUGAUUGCACUUGAAGAGGCAAGCAAGUACGACCUUUUCGAAGCAUCCACCAUCUACUCCAUCGGUAACGGUACUUAUCUCACUCUGGUAGAGUGUAUCGGUGCGAAUGGCCGGUAUUUCCGCUCUUGGACAUCUCCUAGUAUUGCUGGACCCUACACACCGCUCGCGGAUACAGAAGCCAACCCGUUCCUGGGCCUGAACAAUGUAGAAUUUCCAACGGGAACACGAUGGUCGAAGAGCAUCAGCCACGGAGAGCUGAUCAGAACCAAUGUGGAUCAGAACCUGUAUGUGGAGCCUUGCAAUUUCAGGUUUCUGUACCAAGGGGUAGAUCCCGAAGUCGAGGGUUCGGGGGGUUCCUACAACGCUUUGCCGUGGAAGCUGGCUUUGGUCACACAAACUAACUCAGAAUGCUCAAACGCAACGAUGCAUUGAGGUAUAGGUAUCUUAUACUGGUCAUAAUCGUAGUUAUAUCCAUAUAGUAAUAGCUACCACAUAUUUGUGGUUACUAUCUAAUUGUGAGCCCAAUACUUGCAGAACUCACAUAUAUGUAGCACUUUGAAGAGCUCAUGCUCAGAUACGUAUAGCAGGUUGCUACUUAAAGGGGCAGUAAUGGUGAGGGCUUGUAAUAAUGAGCAGCGAUAACGCCCAUCAUCAUCAUCAUCAUCAUCAUCGAGUCAAACCCUUUCGAGUUCUCACGUGUCCACGAAGCAAACCACGCCCCCACGCCCUCCCUCGUCCUGGAACAUCCCUCGAACAAAGAGCUCAUGGGAGUUUGUUCAUCAGACUUUUAAGAGUUCACGACACCCCUUCCCAGGGAACGCCAUGCCUCAUUGUAUCUGCCCAUUUUAGAGCCAACAACUGAGGAACGCACCCAGGAGUGUGUGUGGAAAGAGAAAGAGGUGCAAAGAGAGGAGGAGUACAUCUAUAUAUACCUCUAUCGUCGGGCUGUCGGGCGGUUGCCACCGGCCCGCACCUCCUCUUCAUGCUUCUACAUUCACGCAAUGAGUACCUGGUUUCAAAUCUGGAGGUGGUUGCUGUGCUACUUUGAACCCUGUCUCAAUGAAUUGUGCAUUCGAAUCAUGUUAAACAUUCC